AGUUGGGAUUAUAUGGAGUAUCCAUUAAACAUAGCAAAAGAAAUAAUAGCUAUCAACCACUUUCAUCACAUAAAAUAAUGCAGAUCAAGGAUUCAGAUGUGAGAGAAAAGAAGAUUGACAAACACUUCCAAGACGAGGCUCCAAAAUACAUCCCCUUCACAGAACUGGAAAAAAAGAUACGUAAUAUUGAGGUUGAGUCUAGUAUAUCUAUCGAUUUAGCUUCAGAAGGAAGUAUUAUUUUAGGCA